UUAUUUUACAGGAUUAUUUAAUGGAAAUACAAAAAAAUCCAAUUAAAUCGAAAUUUUGUAAAUUGAGAUUAUUGUGUCGUACAUUGGCGGGUAAUAAUGUUUAUUAUUUAACUGUUACAACGCCCGUGGCAAAUGAAGAAGUUAUGAAGCGCAAAAAAUCCAUUGUUGUAUCGGCACGUGUACAUCCCAGCGAGACACCAUCCUCUUGGAUGAUGAAAGGUUUAAUGGAUUUCAUAACGGGCGAAUCGAGUGUGGCCAAACGUUUGCGACACAAAUUCAUUUUCAAACUGAUACCAAUGCUGAAUCCAGACGGUGUUAUUGUAGGCAAUACACGAAAUUCGCUGACGGGCAAGGAUUUAAAUCGUCAGUAUCGUACGGUUAUAAGGGAAACAUAUCCAUCGAUAUGGUAUACAAAAGCUUUAAUUAAAAGACUGAUUGAUGAUUGUGGUGUUUCAAUGUACUGUGAUAUGCACGCACACUCGCGCCGGCACAAUAUUUUCAUUUAUGGCUGUGAGAAUAAACGUAAUCCGGAAAAGAAACUUACCGAGCAAGUUUUUCCACUCAUGUUGCAUAAAAAUGUGGCAGAUAAGUUUUCAUUUGAAAAUUGUAAAUUUAAAAUUCAACGCAGCAAAGAGGGCACAGGACGUAUUGUGGUCUGGAUGCUAGGCAUCACCAAUAGCUAUACAAUAGAAGCAUCAUUUGGUGGCUCCUUGUUGGGAUCACGUAAGGGUACACAUUUCACAACAACGGAUUACGAACAUAUGGGUCGGGCAUUUUGUGAAACCCUUCUGGAUUAUUGUGAUGAGAAUCCGAAUAAAGUAAAGAGAAAUACUAAAUUAUUGAAACGUAUUAAAAAGAUAAGAAAGCGUGAGAAACGCGAACAGAAGGCAUUGAAAUUAAAGAAAUUGGCCGAUCAGGAAUGCUUAAGACUGAAAAUCAUUGAACGUUUACUAAAAGAAGGAUCAAGUGCUGAGGAGCCGAUAAAUAUACCAUUAUCGGAUUAUUCAAGUGAUGAAGGCAGCAGUUCCAGUUCCGAUAAUGAAGGUAAAGGUUCUAAUAAAGACUUCUCAGAUUUAGAAGGACCCUGUUGUCAUCCUUUAAGAGCUCCACCAUGUUCACCGGAAUUAGAUGUGGAAAUACGUAAACUUCGUUACAGUCGUAUGCGUAAAAUUAUGCAAACAUUGGAUCGUAUAUAUUUUCAACCUUUAUUUCAUAAAAAAUUACGAUUUCUUUUAAAAACUAAACGUUCAAAUAUCAAAAAACGUAAACGAAAACUAAAUCGAAAGGGUUUAAAUGAAUCUGAAAUUCAAAAUUCUGAUAUAGUCAAUAAAAUUUCCCUACAAUAUGUUAAACAUUUGGAAAAUAAUAAAAGUUCUACUUCAAUACAAACUCUAAGACCUCAAGAUCAAAUUAUAGACAAACAAGCAAAACAUUCGAAUAAGAAACGUUUGAAGAUGGUAGCUCAAGAUUUAGCUAAAAAACCUGUGGUGAAAGUAUCAAGAAAAUUACGUUUAUGGCUGCAAAAACGUCAAAUUUUUAUAAUAAGGCGAAAAAUGCCUCACCGCCUUAAAUUCCGCCUAAAAUCCUUACAUCGCCGUAAAAAAGACGAACGUUUACUCCUCGAUAUGCCAACCACCGAUCCCGGAUCAGAUUUACUAUUCUCUACCGAUGAUGAGUACAUUGAUGCUAAUGGCAUGGUCACCUGUUAUGGAACGAUGCCACCACGCAUACGACGCAAUCUCUUAAAAAGUGAAUUACAACGGCGUUAUAUAGAAGAGAUAGGAGAUGGUUUGAGAAAUAUGCCGCCAGAAUUGAUAAUAACAUCACCCUCGAAUAAGGGAAAACAAAAAAAUCAUACGGUACGAAUACUCUAUAAACCAGCAGCGGAAAAAUAUGAUAGAAAAACACAAAACACAGGCAACGAAUUGCCAUUUAUAGGACAACCGGCAAAAAGAACUAGUUCAUGGCAUAAUUUGAAUACAGCAGGACAUUCGCCUACCUUAACGCCUUACAAACCAAAUGCCACGAAAAAUAAAACUCACAGUCCUUUUUAUAGGCCUUUGUCGAAAAAGGAAACCUUAAGUAAAGAAGAUUUGGAUAUUAAAUUAUCUUUGAAAAAGAAAAUCUGGACUGGUAUACAACCAGAUGAUAUGAUUUUAGGUGUAGAUCGCUCACGACCUUUAUCGUGGGUGGCACCACAAUCUCUGAAAAGCAAAAAGAUGUCUAGCGAACAGCAUUUAAAUUGUGGCCUUUAUAUGCCUAAACUUUCGGCUGGCAAUAGCAACAAAAGAUUGGAAAAUGAAGCAUUUCUAAACGCUUGUACACAAAAGUUAAUGGAAUGGCAAAUCUUAAACUCAGAUACCGAUAUUUCUCCACGUAGUCAAAGCAAAAUGAAAGUGCCUCUUAAGUUAGUAGUACCCGAUAUAAAUGAAGAUCGUACCAUGUGUAUAUUUAAGCAUUUAGCCAAUAUCAAAAAACCCUGUACAAUUAAUACUUCCACCAAAGCAGACAAUGAAACCUCAAGUAAAAUAAAAACAAAAAGAACUACCAUCUCUAAAGUUGUUGAAACUAGUAAAAUUUUCACCAAAAUUAGCAAAUCUAAACCACGCAACAAUUUAGCCUCAUCACAGCGUUCGUUAAAUAAGCCAGCGCUUUCCCAACAUAAAACCCAUGGCCGCUCAAAUAAAUUCAAAACUGGUGGCCUAGUGGUAACAGCCGUACAGACAGGAGUUGGUGGUGCAGCAGCAGCAGCUAGCAAAAAGAAUAAGAAAUUAAAAUCACUACAAAAUAAACUACCCAAUAACAAUCAUACAAAUAAUAUAGUUUCAAAUGAGGCCCGCAGACCCUCGACUCUUAACAAUUAUAGUAGUGGGAAUAAUGAUGGCUUAAUUAUGACCGCCACUGCUACGACUAUAGUGCGUAAAGUUAAAACCAAAUUAAAAAAGAAAAAAUCGUCUACAAAUACUAAACAGGAAAUGACUACUUCGAUAAGUUUAAAUACAAUUUAUAAUAGUUCCGAUACUGGCUCCAAUACAAAAUCACAAUAAUAAAAUUGAUAAAAAUUUAGGAUAUUUUUUAA